AUGACUCAUAUAAGUUGUCUCACCAAUGCUCAAGGAGUCCUUUUGCAAUCUGAUGAUCAAAUCCAAAGUGAGAUCAUUGGAUUCUACAAAGGUUUGCUGGGGACUGCAACUGACAAUAUUAGAGCCAUACAUCCUGGAAUUAUGAAGGAUGGUCUAGUUCUUCAGCAUGAGCAUCAAGUGGAGAUAGUAAAAGGAGUGACCAGAGAUGAAAUUUAUCAGGCCUUGCAAGAUAUUGAUGAUAAUAAAGCCCCCGGAUGUGAUGGUUUGAAUGCAUUUUUCUUUAAAAGAGCAUGGCCAGUCAUAGGAGAGGAGCUUACUACAACUAUCUUGCAAAUUUUUGAAUCAGGGAAAAUGUUUCAACCAGUAAAUUGUACUCAGGUGUUGAUUGGACUUGCUUUCCCUCAUAAAUAUGUCAUAUGGAUUAUCACUUGUGUCAAAUCAGUUACUUAUUCUAUCUUGAUAAAUGGUGAUCCGACAACUCCAUUCAAGGCUAAAAAAGGGCUUCAACAGGGGGACCCUUUGUCCCUAUUCUUAUUUGUUCUCUUCAUCGAAUACCUUAGUAGAAGCUUGAAAACUCUGAGGGGUGGUACUUCGUCUGUGGCUCUAUUGUAUGAAUGUUUUAACAGGUUUUCUCGGGCACAUGGACUCAAGGUGAACUGUAGAAAGAGCUCAAUAUUCUUUGGUGGGGUCCCUGUUGAAAUUCAGAGUGAGAUCUUGAACUUACUGGAAUUCCCUAGGCAGACUUCAGCUUAUCAAAAGCAUCUUGUUCUCAAUCCAGACUUUCUGGUCUCAAGAAGAAAGAUAGGCUUUGGAUUCUCUGGGUCUACACCUAUUAAAUCAAAGGAAUGA